AUGGCAGGGCAAAAUUUUAGAACUUUCUUUCAAUUUCCAUCGUUAAAUUCGGUCCAGUGGUAUCCUGGUCAUAUGGCUAAAGGCAUGCACAAAAUGCAAGCUGUUUUAGUUCGAUGCGAUUGCGUCCUAGAAGUGCGAGAUGCUAGGAUUCCAUUCUCCAGUAGAAAUGAAAAAUUUUCCAGAAUCUUAGCUGGUAGACCUCGAGUCCUAAUUUUAAAUAAAGCUGACCUAAGUGCCAAAAACACCAGAAAGAUCAUACCUGCAGCAUUGCGCAGUAUGAAUGAGCAUGGCAUCAGUUCGGAUAACAAGAAGGGAUUCUUUAGGAUUAUGGUUAUAGGACUACCUAAUGUGGGUAAAUCGUCCGUUAUUAACGCAAUUCGUCGUAUUAGGAAAAAUAAAGGGAACGCUGCACAUGUUGGCGGAGUCCCAGGUAUUACCCGUGCGGUUCAGACCAAUAUAGAGGUAUGCAGUAAUCCGAAAACAUUCCUUGUAGAUACACCAGGUAUUAUGCCUACCUAUGUCCGAGACGUUGAAGUUGGUUUUAAGUUAGCUUUAGUAGGAACGAUAAAAGAUCACCUAAUUGGUGAAGAACAUAUAGCGGAUUACUUAUUAUUUACACUGAAUCGUCAAAAGCAGUUUAGUUAUGUCGAGUACUUUGGAUUAGAUGACUGUACUGAUGAUAUAGAUCAACUUCUGGUGCAUAUUGGUCAUAAAAUGGGUGCCUUAAGGAAAGGCGGUGUCCUCGAUUUGAAACAGGCUGCAACAAGAUUCCUGACUAAAUUCCGUCAUGGACAUCUCGGAACAAUCUUAUUAGAUAAGAUACACAAGACCACGUGA